UUUAUAAAAUUUACUAGAGAAAUGAAUUAGACGUUGAACGAUAAAUUAUGGGUGACCAAAAAGUUGUUCUAGUCACUGGUUGUGCCAAGGGUGGCAUUGGUUACGAAUAUUGCAAAGCAUUUGCUGAACAAAACUGCCGAGUUUUUGCAUCUGAUGUAGCCCCACGAAUGUCUGAUAUGAUAGAUCUACAAUCAGAUAAAAUUGAGACACUUGAGCUAGAUGUUGCGUCGGACGAAAGCGUAGAAUCUGCUGUGAAUUCAAUUAUAUCCAAAUGUGGGCAUAUAGAUAUCUUGAUCAACAAUGCUGGAAUAGGAAGCACGGGGCCUUUAGCCGAGUUGCCUUUGGAUGCAAUCCGAAAAUCUUAUGAAAUUAAUGCAUUGGGGCAAUUAAGGAUGGUUCAACAAGUAGUCCCUCACAUGGCAUCGCGGUGCAGUGGAAGUAUAGUGAAUGUAGGGAGUGUUGUGGGAAAAGUGUCCACCCCUUGGGCAGGGUCUUAUUGUGCUAGUAAAGCUGCGGUUUUUUCUAUGUCGCACACUUUGAGGGUUGAGUUAAGCCCGUUUAAUAUAGAUGUAAUUAUUGUGGUCCCGGGUGCUAUAAGGUCAAGUUUUGGGAAUAAUAGUGUGGAAAGAUUGCAGAACUAUGAGUGGAAACUUUACAAGAAUUUUAAAGAAGCUAUAAUUGAGCGUGCAAAGGCUUCUCAAGGGAGUAAAGCGACUGAUGCAUCAGUAUUUGCUAGACAUGUAGCAAAGAAGGUGUUGAGUCCAAAACCACCAAAGGUGAUUGAAUUUGGGCAUAUGAUUGGACUUUUUUCUUUACUUUCUUGGUCCCCUCUUUGGGCAAGAGAUUUGUUCUUAUCGACCAGAUUCAAGUUGAAUCGCAAGGUCAUUAAGGUGUAAUAACAAUUGCUACUCUUUUUUUUUUUUAACUCAUCAUGAUCAGUGUUAUUUCCACAUGCCUUUUAAUCUAUUGAAGUGAUGGUCAUAUCCUACAA